GCUUGCGAGCGUCAGCGGCAAACCGCCACUCAUUAAGGUAAAACCAGCCAUGAAUCUCUUCCGGUUUGCGGGCGAUAUGAGCCACGUGGUUUCGAUCAUUGUCUUGAUCCUUCGGCUUCGAGUGUCCAAAUCUGCUGUGGGAAUUUCAAUUAAGACGCAAGAGUUGUUCCUUAUUGUUUUCGUUACCCGGUACCUCGACCUCUUCACGACCUUCUACUCGAUGUACAACUCAUUCAUGAAAGUUGCGUAUAUCACGGCAACGGCGUCGAUUAUUUACAUGAUACGGUUCAAGGAACCGUACAAAUCUAAGUACGACAAGUCUCAAGACUCGUUUUUACACGUCAAAUUUGCCGUCGCGCCUUGCGCUGUGCUUGCGCUUUUCUCGUGUCUCAUUAAGCGAGAACUCAACCCGAUUGAUCUUUUAUGGACAUUCUCUAUAUUCCUCGAGGCUCUGGCUAUUGUUCCGCAGCUUUUUGUCCUCCAGCGGUAUCGAGAGGUUGAGAACCUCACAGGGCACUAUGUCUUCUUCCUUGGCGCAUAUCGAUUCCUCUAUAUCCUAAAUUGGGUUUAUCGCUCUUACUACGAACCAUUUUAUCGUCACAACUGGCUUGUCUAUGUUUCCGGAGCUAUCCAGACCGCUCUAUAUGUCGAUUUCUUCUAUUAUUACAUGGUCUCCAAAUACUAUGGUGGCAAACUUACACUCCCCACUUAGUCAAGGUCAAAGUCUUCCGGAGCAUUCUUAACGUGAUGAAUCAGGCGAAACAAGAUGUCUGGAUUUAGACCAACUCCAUAUUGUCCGGCAAAUAUUUCCAGUACUGCAUCUGCUGUUAGGACAACAUGGGGGAACGUCCUUCAUUUGCUAGCCAAUAAACAUGUCGAUCCUAACUAAUCGAUUUAUUCCUG